AUGUCUGGGAAACACUGGUCCCCUGGGACACAGUGUGUCACCAAGCAUGACCACACCAAGCCCAAGGCCCAGGAGCUGGCCUUCCACAAGGGUGACGUGGUCACCAUCAUCGAAGCUGUGGAGGGCAAGGGCUGGUCCCGCGCCAGACACAACGAGGGGGGCUCUACUCCCCCUGUCCCGCUGCUGCUGCUGGGGCAGCCCGCCAGCACAGCCCCUCUCCCCACUGCCCCUCUCCCCAGCUGGUUCCACGGGAAGAUCUCAGGGGUGGAGGCGGUGCAGGAGCUGCAGCCCCCCGAGGAUGGGCUGUUCCUGGUGCGCGAGUCUGUCCGCCACCCCGGGGACUACGUGCUGUGCGUGAGCUUCGGCAAGGAGGUGAUCCACUACCGCGUGCUGCACAAGGAGAACACGCUCAGCAUCGACAGCCAGCAGUACUUCUCCAACCUCAUCGACAUGAUUGAGCACUACAUGAGGGAGCAGGGAGCCAUCUGCACCAGGCUGGUGAAGCCCAAACCGAAAACUGGGAUGAAGUCAGCCGAGGAGGAGUUGGCCAAAGCCGGCUGGUUGCUGAACCUGCAGCACCUCACGCUGGGAGACCGCAUCGGGCAAGGCGAGUUCGGAGACGUCCUGCAGGGCGAGUAUAUGGGGCAGAAGGUGGCCGUGAAGAACAUCAAGUGCGACGUGACCGCCCAGGCCUUCCUGGCCGAAACGGCUGCCAUGACGAAGGUCCGGCACAAAAACCUGGUGUGUUUGCUCGGUGUGAUCCUGCAUAACGGCCUCUACAUCGUCAUGGAGUUCAUGAGCAAGGGCAACCUGGUGAACUUUUUGCGCACGCGGGGCCGGGCGCUUGUCUCGACCCAGCAGCUGCUCCUCUUCGCUCUGGAUGUGGCUCAGGGCAUGUACUACCUGGAGUCCAAGAAGCUGGUGCACAGGGACCUGGCUGCCCGCAACAUCCUCAUCUCUGAGGAGAACGUAGCCAAAGUGAGCGAUUUCGGCUUGGCCCGGGUCAAUCCCAAGGGUGCGGAUGCCAUGUUGCUGCCCGUGAAGUGGACUGCCCCGGAGGCCCUGAAACACAACAAAUUCUCCUCCAAGUCAGAUGUGUGGAGCUACGGGAUCCUUCUGUGGGAAGCCUUCUCCUUCGGACGAGCCCCUUACCCCAAGCUGAGCCUGAAGGAGGUGACGGAGCUGCUGGAGCAGGGGUACCGCAUGGAGCCCCCCGUGGGCUGCCCACCCGCCGUCUGUGCCCUGAUGAAGAGCUGCUGGGAGCUGGAGCCAGGCAAGCGGCCGUCCUUCAAGAAACUCACGGAGAAGCUGCAGAAGGAGCUGAAGCACCUGAGGGAUGAUUAGCCCCUGUCCUGCUCCCGGGACCCAUGGCCAGAGGCCCC